AUGGAUGACAUUGCUGUGGUUGGGAUUGGAUGCAAUUUUCCAGGAGGUGAAGGCCUUGAUAACUUCUGGAAGGUUCUAGUGGAAGGAAAGAAUUGUGCUGUAGAAAUUCCAGAUGAGAGAUUCGACUGUUCCCAGUGGUAUGAUCGAGAUGAGAACAAACCUGGGAAGAUACGGACCAAGAGGGCUGCCCUUAUAAAUGGAUUUAACGAGUUUGACAACAAGUUCUUCGGCAUCACGGAUGCUGAGGCUGACCAGAUGGAUCCUCAGCACAAGAUGCUGCUGCAGUGUUCCUACAGAGCCCUGGAGGAUGCUGGGAUUCCCAUGGAGAAGGCCAGUGGCACCAGAACAGGGGUUUAUAUAGGCCUCAUGAACAAGGACUAUGAGAUCCGUAGUAGCAGCAACAGAAAUGCCAUAACCCACUAUUACGCCACGGGUACGGCUAUGAGUGUGGCAGCCAACAGGAUCUCCUACACUUUCAAUCUCACUGGGCCUUCAUUUGCUCUGGACAGUGCCUGCUCCUCCUCCUUAGUAGCCCUGCACUCUGCCUGCCAAGGCAUCAGACAAGGUGACUGUGAGAUGGCUCUGUGUGGAGGCGUCAGCUGCAUCUUUGAACCAACACUCUUUGUGGCUCUCAGCAAAGCCAAAAUGAUCUCGCCUGAUGGCAUGAGCAAACCUUUCUCCAAUAAAGCAGAUGGAUAUGGCAGAGGGGAGGGAUGUGGCAUUGUCCUUUUAAAACCUCUGAAAAGGGCUUUAAUGGAUUCUGAUCACAUAUGGGGCAUUAUCAGCAAAACAGCCGUGAACCAAGAUGGCCGCACAGUCACUCCAAUCACCAAGCCAUCCAUGACUCAACAGGAGGAGCUUCUCAGCAGAAUCUACUCUACAGAGAAAGACCUGACUAGUGUCCAGUACGUAGAGGCUCAUGGGACUGGAACACCAGUAGGUGACCCAAUUGAAGCAGGAAGCAUCUCUAAUGUCAUUGCCAAAGCAAGACCAGCAGGAUCAGGGCAGAUUUAUAUGGGUUCAGUUAAAGGAAACAUUGGGCACACUGAAUCAGCAGCAGGGGUGGCAGGACUGAUUAAGGUUCUCCUAAUGAUGAAACAUGAAACAAUUGUGCCCUCAGUGUUCUACACAGAGGAUGGAGCUAGCAUUGAUGCUAAAGCCCUGAAUGUAAUCGUACCUACCCAGCCACAAAAAUGGAUAGCCACAAGUACUGGAAGGGCUGCAGGGAUAAACAACUUUGGUUUUGGGGGGACCAAUGCCCAUGUUAUCAUCAAAGAGUAUAGUCAACCGAACAAUUCAGAUAGAGAGGUUCAGAAAUCUCAGCACAUGUUUGUGCUCUCAGCAGCAUCAGAAAAAUCUCUUACCAGCAUGAUUGCUGAUAUGGCUGAACAGCUGAGCAAGGAGACAACAGCUGACAUACAAACACUUGCAUACACGUCAGCGUGUAAGAGAAGUCAUGCAAAACACAAAUACAGGAAGGUGUUCAGAGCCUCAUCAUUGACAGAGUUAGGGGGACAGCUUAAAUCUGGUCUUGAUAAAAAGAUAAUCCCUUCCAAAUCAGAUCCCAGAUUGGUGUUUGUUUUCUGCGGCAAUGGCGUUACCUACAGAGGGAUGUGCAGUCAGCUCCUCAAGAAAGAGCCUGUUUUCAGAGAGAAGAUGAAAGAAAUUGAGAUAAUCUUCAAACGCUACCAUGACUUGUGCAUAGUAGACUCACUUGAAAAUGACAUAGAUGAGGAACUUGAUUUCUCAAAACCAGAUGUUGUCCAGCCACUGUUGUUUGCUGUUCAGGUGGCCAUUGUUGCUCUCCUAAAGCACUGGGGUGUUAGACCAGAUGCUGUUCUUGGGCACUCUGUGGGAGAAGUUGCUGCUGCUCAUUGCUCUGGACUGGUGUCACUUGAGGAUGCUGUCAAGGUCAUCCAUUACCGCAGUGUGCUGCAGAGCAAGGUCACUGGUGGGAAGAUGCUGGUUGUUGGGAACAUGAGUGUAACAGAUGUCUGUCAACACCUUCCUUCUUUCUCGGGGAAGAUUUGUUUGGCAGCCCAUAAUAGUCCCACAUCUUGCACUCUUUCUGGUGAUGGAGAAUCCAUUUUGGCUCUGUACCAAACUCUAAGCAGUUCAGCAAACAGCAAGACUCUGUUUCUUCAUGUCUUGGAUGUCCCUGCUGCAUACCACAGCCAGAUGAUGAACCCAAUUCUAUCAGAGGUAGAGAGCAGCAUAGGCACUUUGGAGAAAAACAAAAUGGAUGUAGAGUUGUGCUCAACUGUAUCAGGCAAAAUAGCUAGCAAUCAUGAUUUCUGCACUGGCUCAUACUGGUCCAAGAACAUCCGUGAGCCUGUUGAAUUUGAAAAAGCUUUGACAGUAGCAGCUAAAGAUAAGAAGAAUGUUGUGUUUGUAGAGAUAGGUCCCAGGCGAGCUUUACACAGAAACAUCAUGGAGACACUUGGAAAUGACUCUACUAUCCUGUCUUCAGCACAGCCUGAAAAAGAUCAUGAGACAUUGCUUACCACUUGUAGUAAGCUGUUUGAGUUGGGUCUCAAUGUCAACUGGCAUAACUUAUAUGGAGGCAAACAGAUCAUACCAUCAUCACUGCCAAGGUAUCAUUUUGACUGUGUUAGAAAACCCAUCACCAUUUCACAUGCACCAGAAGUCACGGCAAGAAACCACCCUGUUCUUAAACAGACAGGUGGAAGAGACAAUGAGUUUAUUUGUGAUUUAUCAGCAGAGGAGCUGUCAUAUUUAGAACAACACAAAAACAGCGGAAUCCCCAUAAUUCCUGGAGCUUUAUACGUUGACAUGGGCCUGGCAGCUUAUAUGGCACAUGCCAAACCAAAGGCACCUCUCAACACGCUGCAGCUAAGCAUCAACUUCUUGAGUCCAUUUCUGCUGACCAAGCGUCAACCUGAGCUGAAGGUGACAUUUGAACCAGAUGAGCAUGAGACUCUUUUUAAGAUUCAUUCCAGCAGCACAGUCUUUGCUUCAGGAAGCAUAGAAUGCAAAAGAGGGCAAACGGCAGAGGAGCAAAACAUCUCAUUAGACUGCUUGUCUAAGAGAUGCACAUCUGUUGUUAAAUCUGAUGAUCUGUACAGGAAACUAAACAUGGGAGGGUUUCAGUAUGGUGGUGUCUUCAAGAACAAAGGAGACAUUUUUUGUGGGGAGGAAUUCAGGGAAGCAUAUUCUGCUGUGACUGUUCCAGAGGAGUUGCUUAGUCAAGUACAUGACUUUUGCAUCCAUCCAGUUAUUCUGGAUUACCUUCUGCAAAUGACACUCGUCACAAGUUCCCAGGGGAAUGUAACUAGACCUGGGUUUCCAGCAGCAAUUGGAAGCUUAGUUGUCUUUGAACCCCUGCAAGAUGAAAUGAUGAUAUAUGUGCGUGCAACAGAUAUGACAACUGAUCACUUUGAGGUUUGUGGCUGCUUUACAGACAAAAAAGGAAGAGUUCUUGUUGAAGUGAAAAAUUUAAUUGUCAAGUACGUUGGAAGUGUUUCCCGUGUUGUUGAUGAGUACUUCUUUCACAAUGACUGCAACAUAAUUUCAGAGGGUGUGGAGCAAUCCUUUCCAGGAACGGCAUUGGUCUUUUCUGAUAAUAAUGCCAUUGCAGAGGCAUUGAAGCCAUACUUGAGUGAAGGCUCAAAAUAUAUUUCCUCGAAAUAUACAGACAAAGUGUUGAAACAGGGAAUGGCUUCAUUUUUUUCCAAGAUGAACAUUUCAGAUGUGAGGAAAACAUUUACAGACAUUUUGUUUCUGUGGGGCAAUCAAGACCUCUCCCCUAAGACAGUUGAUGAUGUCUUGACAAACAUGGUAAAUUGUUGUGAACAAUUGCGCCAAAUAGUUUUAGAACUAAGGAAGAUGAAUUACUCAAACUCUGUCAGAGUAGUGACCUAUCGAUCUGCAGAGAUCACAGUGGACCAUAUCAGUUCAGGGUUUGUGCUUUCAGGCAUGACAAGAGCAUGUGCAGCUGAAAUAUCUGAAUUCACAUUUCAGCUGAUUGACAUCGGCUCCGUCUCAGCUGAGGACAUUAGAGCCCUUAAUCACAUCUUGACUUCCUACCCCAGCAGCGAAUACCCAGAGUUGGUGGUGAAAGAUGGUCAGAUUGUCCAGCCACAAAUUGCUCAUACCCCAAUGAUCACCUUCAACCAAGAGAAGAGGGAUCACUGUUCACAAGCAAAGUCCUUCACUUUGCAGACAGCAAACCCUUUUGAAAUGAUCGGCUUAUCUGCAAUUCCCUCUGAUGAGGAGGUUGGACAGAUACUAGAGAAAAAUGUUGAGGUUCAGGUUAGUAAAAUUUGUGCCCAUUCCUCAGACUAUUAUCCAGUCAGUGUUUCUGACCAUAACUUUGGUCAAACAAUGUAUUGGAACAAACAUACAAAUCAGAACCACAAGCUCCUGGCUCUUGACUUCAGUGGUAUAGUCACAGCGGUGGGGAAGGGUGUGAGAAAAUUAAAAGUGGGAGACCACAUUGCUGCCUGCUACCCUGUAGUUGCAUCCUCCAGAGUUGUAGUACCAGAGGAAGUUUGCUACAAAACAAAGAAACUUCCAUUUUUGCGAGACCUCCCAUGUGUUUCAUACUAUGUAGUGGCUUGGAUGAUACUCCGCUCAACUUUGCCAAAACUGAAAUGGGAUGGCAAGUUGGGCAUCCUCUCCUCUGUCCCUGACUCGGGCUUGGUGAAAGCCCUCACUCUGAUUGCAAAUAAGUCUGGAUGGAAUGCUUUUGUUACGACUGAGCUGAGUGGGGCCCUGCAAGAUCUGAACAAAUUUGAUGCACUUGUCGUACUGCCUCCAUUUGACAAAUCUCUAUUUGUCAAAGCAUGCACCGUUGCUGGGGUUAAGAAUGUUGUUGUUGUUUGUGACAGAAAGCUCUCAUCUACUGUCUCCCAAAACAUUCUUGGAGUAGACCAUGAUGCUUGCAUUCAGACCAUUGUGACAUCUAGCAUCUUGGCUAAAGGCUCUAUCAGAGCAAACCAGCCACAGAUAUACAAAUGGCUGAAGGCCUUGCAUCUUGACAAAAAGUUGUUAUCUUUCCCAACUAUCACUUUUCAGAGGGGCACGACUGGAAGCAUUGACCUUUUGCCCUUAGAUGAGCCAGAGUCUUAUUUCAGUGUCAAAAGUAUGCCCGUGGUGGCACUAAGUGAAAGCAGUGGUAACAAUACAAUCUCUGACAUUUCACUGCUACCAAGAGAACAGAAGCUCUUCAACAAGAACUGUGUGUACAUUGUGACUGGUGGCCUCACUGGGCUGGGGUUUGAGACAGUGAGGUUCAUUGCUGAGAGAGGUGGAGGGUACAUUGUCAUUUUCUCCAGGAGGAGUCCCAGCUCUGAGAUGCAACAGGAGAUUGAUGCUGUGAAACAGCAGUGUGGGGCAGUGAUUGCCAGUGUGCAGUGUGACAUUGCUGUCACUGAACAGGUUACAAAGGCCAUCCUGAACAUUGAGGAAAUAUUCCCCUCCUAUCCAAUCAAGGGGGUAUUUCACAGUGCAGUUGUACUUCAUGAUGCUCUCAUGGGAAGCCUUGACCAGUCCCUCUAUGAGAAGGUUCUGAAGCCUAAAGUGAAUGGAGCACUGAAUCUGCAUAAUGCCACAAAGCACUGCAAGCUAGAGUACUUUGUAUGCUACUCAUCUAUCUCUGCUUUUAUUGGCAAUGCAUCCCAGACAAACUAUGCAGCUGCUAAUUCUUUUCUUGACACCUUCUGUCAUUAUAGAAGGAAUCUCGGACUUGCAGCGCAGUCCAUCAACUGGGGGGCUCUGAACCUUGGCCUUCUGUUGAACCAAGACCAUCUGCAAAAAUUCCUAGAGGCCAAAGGCAUGAUGGUGAUGGAGAGUCCAGAAAUCAACCAAAGCUUAGAGCAGUGCCUUCUUUUGAACAAACCCCAACAGGUUAUUUGCAAGUUCAAUUUCAAAACCAUGUAUCACCAUGGUUUUACACAAAAUCCCUCUCUCUCUAAACGUUUGCUGACGCUGGUUCAGGGUGAACUGAAAGAUUUUGAAAAGUCUGAUCCACAGGCUGCACAUGACGAACUGCCUUCUUCCCCACAUGAGUUUGUCAGGACCAUACUCAGUGAGACCUUAGGUGUUGAGUAUGAUGAGCUGAAUGAUGAGACAUUCCUCUCAGCUCUGGGUGUAGACUCCAUGUUAGGCAUGACCCUGCAGAAUCUCAUCUUCCAGGGAAGAGGUGUAAAUGUCCCUCUUGUAAACUUACUGGAUCCUAGCUGUACUGUUGCUACCCUGGCAGCCUUACUGAUGGAACAUACAAGAGAGGUUCAUGAAGACAAUAAUGAUAAUACUUCAUUAUAG